AUGGAAUUACGGAAUUACGGCGGCAAUGAGGGCAACCGAUGGUGGGGGAAUAGAGGCUUUGAAAAGCAAACACGUUUUGAAAGGGCACAGAGCAAAGCUAGCAAAACAAUCACGUUCCACACAUUUCCGCUUAAAAUGAAAGCACAACUCACAAAAGGUUCAGAUUUCUGCCAGUUUUGUGAUGAAAAACCUCAUACGAAUGUAAUCGAAACCGCUUCACAGCACAACAAGCUAUUCAUUCAUACAAUUGAACAUAAAGUUGAGAUGAUUUGCGUGAUACACGAGACAUUUAAAAAAAGAGUAAAAGUAGAAAAUAUGUGCACGUUGGAGUGA